UGCACUUAUUGAGUGAAAAGAGAGGAAACAUGGCGGUUCAUUUUCGCGUGACGGGUACCCUAGACAUGACUCGUGCUCGAGAGUUUUCAUUAGCCCAUAGACUUCGGUUUGAUCACUUGAAGCCUAUGGUUACUAAGUUUCCUCCUCAUUCCAAGAUCAUGUCGAGCUUGAGUACUCAAACUCUUGGCGAUUAUGACCAUAAGGCCGAGGUUAGAGCCUUUGACAAUCUCAAACUCGGUGUCCAAGGCCUAGUCGAGGCCGGGGUCACCAAAGUUCCUCGUAUAUUCCUCCAGGACACGAAAAAAUUCCAACGGAACCUGACCUCCCCUAUCAUUUUCCCGGUCAUAGACCUUGAAGGCAUGGAACAUGAUCCGGCCAAGCGGGGGAAGAUUGUGGAGGAAAUCGGGAAGGCAUCAGAGGUGUAUGGUUUCUUCCAAGUGAUCAACCAUGGCAUCCCGAUUGAAGUGAUGGACGAGAUGGUUGAGGGUGUGCGCGCAUUCCACGAACAAGAUCCCGUGGAGAGGAAACAAUUGUAUGUUAGGGAAGAGACGAGGAGAUUUGCAUAUAACAGCAACUUCGACUUACACUCGUCCCCGGCCGCCAAUUGGAGGGAUACCCUAAGGUGCCGCAUGACCCCCUAUCCGCCUAAUCCGGAAGAGUUUCCUCCAAUAUGCAGGGACAUUGUAAUGGAGUACACCCGCCACACAAUUAAAUUUAGAGACACGUUGUUCGAACUGCUAUCAGAAGCUCUAGGGUUGGAUCGAAGCCACUUGAGUGAUAUUGGUGUCGGAAAAGGAUUCUUCUUGUUGGGUCAUUACUAUCCAGCCUGCCCCGAGCCUGAGCUAACAAUAGGCACCGCACCACACACCGACACGGGUUUCAUCACAAUGGUUAUGCAAGACAAAGUUGGCGGACUCCAAGUUCUCUAUGAUGAUGAAUGGCACGAUGUCCAGCCUAUUCAUGGAGCUCUUGUUGUUAACAUUGCAGAUCUUCUACAGUUGGUCACAAAUAAUAAGUUCAAGAGCAGGACACACAGAGUUUUGGCUCAAAAGAUGGGUCCGAGAAUUUCUGUAGCCACACUAUUUCGAGAGCAUUAUGGAGAGACUAACGGCAAAAAGUUUGGGCCGAUUAAGGAGUUAUUAUCCGAGGACAACCCUCCCAUUUAUAGGGAGGCCACAGUUAAAGAGUUUGUUUCAUUUCGUUUUCAGAAGGGGCUUGAUGGGUCAUCUCCAUUAGACAAGUUCUUGCUCUAGCUAGCUGUAAUGUAUUUUCAUUAUGUAUUAUUUAAUCAUCCUCGCUUCGAGU